AACUAGGGGUAGGACCGUGUAACGAUCCGUUGUACUAUCUUAGAGGAAAGCACAUGAAAUACAACGAGCUCCCGACACAAGCACCUUAUAAUCUUCCGUCAGAAAACCGCAUUGAUCCUAAAGAACUUGACAGAAUUGUGUUUGAGAAUUUCACUGAUUCAUCACAAAGUGGAGACGUCGUUAAAUCGCUUGAUGGAGUUGACUUAUAUAGGCAAAGUCGAGAUAUAUUUAUGGCAAAAUAUCUGGACACGGAAACUACACAUUAUAUCAGAGACAGUGCCAGUUUCCUCAGCGGAUAUGGCCCAGAUGUUGCUGCAGGUAGUGGUCCGAUUAAUCCGCCCAUGCAGUCAGGUCGUAAAGCUGUGAAAACCGUGAAAAAAGGACUCCAGGCUCUUCCUGAAGGGUUGAUAGGACAAUUCCUUCAAGCUAGUGAUAAGCACAGUUUCUACUAUAAUCGUCAUCUUAAAGCCAUAAGGAGGUCCAUUAACGGAAGUUAUAUACUGACGUUUCAGCCAACGAGGACAACAGCUGGAGUAACUACUGAUAUCAAGGAACGUCCGGUCAUUACAGCUUGUGCCAAGAAGGUGUUACUUUCGAUUCCUAGACUGGCAUUAGAAUAUCUGGACUGGGAGGGACUUAGACAAGACACUGUUCGAGAUUACUUGAAACAUUCGAUGAAGGAAAUCCAUGCUAGUAAAAUUUAUUUUGGUUACGAUAAUGCUUGGUGGCGAAACAUUACUAUGGCAACGAACUAUGCUGUGUCGAUAACUCCAUUGAGACAAACAUACGAUUUUGGUGUGUCGAAGAAAACGUCAAAAGGUGUUUUAAAUACGGGAUACUCAGAUGGAGAUACCAGAAUAUGGCGGGAAGCACAAAGUUUUGAUGAACUUGUUCCAGGAAUCGGUGAUAACUCUAUUGCUAUGACCAAUGUUAGCGUGUAUCUGGCACGGAAAUAUUAUGCGGAAAUAUUAAACGUGACCUAUGUUCCGGAACCAAAUUCUGCUGUAAUGGUCGUCUGGGACCAGUAUCCAAUUGGUGCUUCGUGGUCCCCGCGGGCACCAGGAUACAAGAGCGACGAAGUAGAAUCACGCAUGAUCAAACCGUCCACGAGCGAUGACGUAUACAUCACGUCAAAUGUUUUCUCAAGUAGUGAACACUAUGAAUGGAUACAGGGCGGAAUGGAAAUUGUGGAGAAAGUUCUCAAACGUCUUUAACAUCCGUCUCCACUGACCAGUAUACAACUGUCACCGCUAAACCAACAAUAAAAGAACUUUACUUUAUUGCUGAAACAGAUAAUACGAUUGUAAUUCCAUAUCAAGAGGCAUUUUUAUUUAGAAAUGCUACUGUAAUGCACCAACUAAACAUACAUGUAAUAAAUAUAAAUCAAAUAUGCAAAUUUUAUAAACUCAGUCGUUUUGUAACUGUUUAAGAAUACAACUUCCGUUUCUUAUCAUAAUUCAUUUCAUAGAUGGUAAUUGACAUGCAAAUGUCUUAAUCUGUUGCAAAAAGAUCAAGCAUGUGAACAUUGAACAUGUCGAUGCAUUUGUAAUUGUGUGACAAAUUUAAUCACAUUGUACCGCCUGCUACUUAUUCAAAUUUGCAAACUAGAACAUUAUGUUAUCUGAA